AAACUGCGUAUUUUUAGCUAAAAUUAGCUAUGUAGCCAAGUAGCUAGCUAGCUAAUGCGUAACAUUUAACGAUAAAAACGAAACAGAUGAUGUAUUUACGUUUCGUAUUGUUUUUAGUAUUCACCCACUUUAUGCUUACGUAUUUAUUUAGAGCCCGAAUAAGCACAAUUAUGUAGGGGUACGUAAUAGGAUUUACCCUGCUAAUGUCAACUAGCAUGAAGCUAAAGUUAGCUUCGGUAUUCAGGGGUAUUAAAACAUCUCAGAUCGAGUUUAAUAUGAAAGUGAAAAGGCAGACGGGUUGUAAACACUUUCACACUCCCAGUAGGUUUUGCUUUAUUUUUUAAAAUGAUGGUAACUGACGUUGAUAAAAACGAUGGUUUCACAACGUUAAAAACAUGCUAAUGUUUUGCCAGUAAAUGCUUCAUAAGUUUGUCGUUACUGUUGUUUUUGACUGUCUAAUGAAUUGUGACGCGUUAAGUUCAGUAUUUUCUUCCUGAAUAACAACAGUUGGAUGUCUAAUUUUAAUUUAGAGACCUAAAUGUUUUGAUCAGGAUUGUAAUUGAUGCUCUCUUUUUUAUGGACCAUUGAUUUCAUGUUAUGUUUUUUUUCCACUAGUGUUUAGAGUGCAUCCCGGGUUUAAUUUAAAUCAAUAAAAAUAAAUUAAUAUUGUAGAGUUAUAUUUAUUUUAAUACAUAUUAUGGAAGAUGAUUCAAGUGUCUUUACCUUUAUCACCUUGAAAUUAACCAGAUCCUAUCAGUUAUUGGGAUUCCACCACAUUUAGUGUUUUUCUCCUUCACCAAGGGAUUUUAUUCUUAGGUUAUUAGUCUGUUUAGGUGAUUGUUGAUUUUAAAUGUAAUCCAAGAGAAACGGAACACAAGCAAACUAUCUGCCUGAAAGCUGCUCCUUCCUCUGUGAGUGUGUCUUCAGGGUGAUGUCAGCUUCCUGCCUUGUGCGCCUGGCGAGGUGCAGUGCUCUGUUCCAGAAGGCUUUUGAUCCGAUGCCCUUUAAGCUCACUAGCCACAAAACAGAUUACCCGUUCCUGUGCAGACAACUCUAUGGACCUUCUGGGAAGCGAUACAGCAACACACGCUUUGAUCCAGACAGCAGUGGCCGCCUAACAACUUGGGAUUCCUUUGGCAUUUGGGAUGAUCGUAUCGAUGAGCCCAUCAUGCUCCCCCCCAGCAUUCGUUAUGGCAAACUUAUUCCCAAAGUAAGCUUAUCUAAAGUAGGUAGUGCUUCCCUCAUUGGUCAGCGCAAGGAGAAUGAGGAUCGGUUCCAGGUCUCCCAAAUGACUGAGAACAUCCUGUAUUUUGCUGUGUUCGAUGGGCAUGGCGGCGCAGAAGCAGCAGACUUCUGUGAAAAAUACAUGGAGAAAUUUAUCAAAGGCAUUGUGGCUGAGGAAGAUAAUCUGGAAUUAGUUUUAACCAAGGCAUUCCUUGAAGUUGAUAAAGCUUUUGCAAGGCACUUGCAUUUCUGUCCAAAUGGACCAGGAAUCAAUGCAGGAACCACGGCCACCGUGGCCCUGCUGAGGGACGGCAUCGAGCUGGUGGUCGCCAGCGUUGGGGACAGUCGCGCCAUGUUGUGCCGUAAGGGCAAAGCUCUUAAACUCACUGAUGACCACACCCCUGAAAGAAAGGAUGAGAAGGAAAGGAUAAAGAAAAGUGGGGGGUUCAUCACCUGGAAUAGUCUGGGACAGCCGAAUGUGAAUGGCAGACUGGCGAUGACUCGCAGCAUCGGAGACUUUGAUCUGAAAAAGACGGGAGUCAUUGCUGAGCCAGAGACCAAAAGAGUAACGCUGCAUCAUGUCCACGACUCCUUUCUGGCUCUGACCACAGACGGCAUUAACUUCAUCAUGAACAGCCAGGAGAUCUGCAACGUCAUCAACCAGUGUCACGACCCCAAAGAGGCAGCUCAGAGAAUAUCCGACCAGGCUCUUCAUUACGGCACUGAGGACAACAGCACCAUCAUCGUGGUGCCGUUUGGUGCCUGGGGAAAACACAAGAGUUCAGACGUCAGUUUCUCCUUCAGCAGGAGCUUCGUGUCCAGUGGCCGCUGGGCGUAGUCUGCAACCACCUGGAUUCAAGAGAUGCUUUCUGCAAGCUUGAUCGACGUGCAAUAUAAGCUGAACCCAGACAAUGAUACCUUAUAGGUUUGACAUGUUGUUUAGAGCAGCUUGAUGUGCAGCUUCUGUGAAGAACGGGGCUGUGGAUUCAUGAUGUAACUAGAUAAUUUCCCUUGUUAUAUAAGGUUUUAUACGACUUGUAAUGCUGCAAUGUUGUGGUGCUGAAAACAGAGAAACCUUUGAAUGGCAGGCUGAAAGACUGAAUGACAUGAAAGCUUGGCCAUUGAGAAAUACCAAAUUAAAUGUUAAUGAAACAACCUUAAACAGGCUUCUUCUACAUUUAACCUUUGGUGCACAUCUCAAAUAUACUCCAAUAUACUCCGUUCUUCAUUAAAUCCUAGGUUGAAUUUGGCUGAUUCAAAUUUUCUUUUUCAGUGAGUAAAAAAUAUUAAAAACAAAAUACAUUUAAAAAGAAAAACAAUUUCACAGGCUCUUCGAAGAAGCUUGAAAGCUUUAGAUCAGAC